CGCGCAGCGGCGCCAUGGCGACCCUUUGUGGGCGCUGAGCGGCUCCCGGGCUCCGAGCUGAGCGGCGGCCGGCCUGGCGGCGCAGGGCACAAUGUUUGCACGAGGACUGAAGAGGAAAUGUGUUGACCAGGAGGAAGAUGGGGAGGGUGCCUUGGCUGGCUUUGGCACUGUUCCUGCCUAUAGCCUACAGCGACAGUCRCUCCUGGACAUGUCCCUGGUCAAGCUCCAACUCUGCCACAUGCUGGUAGAGCCCAACCUCUGCCGCUCAGUCCUCAUUGCCAACACAGUCCGGCAGAUCCAGGAGGAGAUGAGCCGGGAUGGUGCGUGGCGAGGGGCAGCACCCCAGAGUGCAGAACGGGUGCCGCUCGACCGCCUUGUGUCCACGGAGAUCCUGUGUCGCACAGCAAGAGGGCCAGAGGCAGGGUGCCCUGCUCCUGACCUGGGAGAUGACCCCUUGCAAGGUCCAGUUUCUGAACUUUCCACAGUCAGCUCAGCACAGGUGCCAAGGAACACUCAGAGUAGCCUUUGGGAUACAGGCAACCCUCGAGAAAACAGAGGAAGCUUUCAGAAGUCUCUAGAUCAGAUAUUUGAGACCCUGGAGAACAAAAGUCCCAGCGCUGUGGAGGAGUUGUUCUCAGACGUGGACAAUUCCUACUAUGACCUGGACACUGUGCUGACAGGAAUGAUGGGUGGCACUAAGCCAGGCCUCUGUGAUGGGCUCGAGGGCUUUGCCUCGGCAGCCUCACCUCCCGGCUCCAGCUGCAAGUCCGACCUGGCCGAACUGGACCAUGUGGUGGAGAUCCUAGUGGAAACCUGAGGCCCCUGGUGGGCUAUGGACAAGGCCACAUGCCCCAGAGAGCUUACCUGAUAUACUGUGGCCCAUGUAGAAAYGCAGGGCACCAGUCCUGUGCAGAGUUCUCACCACUGCAGCCUGCGUCCUGGCCCUGUGGGGCAGUCUGUUGAUUCUGAGAGUGUCCUGGGACAGACUCAAUGGCUCUGGCUCUGGCAGCAGAGGCCGGGGCUGGGAGCUGGAGCUCUCUGAAGGCUCUUCAGCCCUGGGCUAGGUGGCAUCCCACAGCCCCAGGCCCUCCCUGUGCUGGCUGCACCUCCCUCGGAGAUGUUGAGCCACAGGCUGCAUUCAACCAACCUCAUUAAAAUCUAGAUAGGUGAACUUUUAAAACUCAGUCUUAUACAUUUGGGGCAAUAUUUUGUCUUUUAAGAUAUAUUUUUUAAAUGUUUUAUACUCUUAGAUUUUUGCAGCUAUUUUCUUAAAAGUCUAUUUUUUGUAUAAACAUCAUUUGCUGCUACAUUAGAAAUUUGUAUAACCUGAACAAUUGCAGUUGUGUAUUUCAUUGUUUGAAGGUUUAAAUGGUCAUUUCCCACACUCUGAUGCAGCAGCGUAAGUGUU